GUGGUUGGUGCAAAUGGAUUCACCAUCGAGAGAGCCGUUGAUAGAAGUGGGUUCCAAAAUACAUCAACGACUAGCUUGAAUGAACUAAUUGUCACCUAAAAUUCACAAGACGAAUGUGACAAGCACCAACCAAGCAACCCUAAUCAUCAAGCAAAGGGGACGUAGAACUUAAUCUUUUUCAUAGAUACACUAAUUCCUAGCCAUAUUUGACUAUAUGUAGUGUAGGGUAUGCCUUCUCUCUUGGGGUUGCCGCUGGAGCCAUAGUUUCAAAUGGAACCAGAUCAGCCAUGCUAGGAGGUGAACAGCUUUCGUCUGAUCAGCAAGAUACAGGAAGUUGCACAAAGCCUGUCCACAAAGUGCUCUAUCUUUUUGUAAUUGUUGCAUGGACUUACGAGACCCUGCUGUAAUUAGCCAUGGACAGCGAGGAUCAUAAUCCAAGAAGACGGUUCAGAAAGUGGUUCAAAGGAAACCACAAGAGAGCCGACCCUUAUCAACUGAGUCAAGUUUCAGAUGGGGGUGAAGACGAAAGUGAAGAUUACUUGGAUGAUAUUCUCUUUCAGUCCAUGGAGAUGGAUCCAUGCACUUCAACUAAUGAGUUGAGAGUCUUUGUGGGGACUUGGAAUGUUGCUGGAAGGUCUCCCAUAGGAAGCUUGGCGGUGGAUUUGGAUGAGUGGUUGAAUCUUAAGGAUGCGGCAGACAUGUAUGUUCUUGGGUAUGUUAUAAACCUGGACUUCAUUAAUAGUGUUCAUAAUUUCUUAAUUUUUUCUCUAAUUGAUAUGAGAAAUUAAUAUAAACCAAUGCCACAACU